GAUGUGUUCGAGUAUUCUACUGUGAAAAAGUGUUUCAUAGGUUUUAUUUAAAAUCGCCUUAACGCCUACAUCCCAACAUAAAAUCAUAUUAAGUCAACACUUAUUAUUUAUGGCUAUUUAAAAGUGUGUCGUGGUGGAUGUUCGGAUAAAGUCGUACUUCAACAUUACGAAAAUCCGCAUGCAGCCCCCAAAACAUAGUUGGUGCGAGAAAUAUAAUGCGAAAUAAACUUCGAGAUUUCCAUAUCACGCCGAAAUGUAAUACGUUGACUUCAAUUUGUUGUACUUCAGUGCGUUUCGCCCACAGAUACCUACGAAAAAGUUUUCUGCAUGUGAUACAAUCUAGUUUUAAUGAAACAAAAUUUAAUAAAAUAAUUCACGUACAGUUAUUUAAUCCAAAGGGAAAAACCCAUUUAGUUGACUUGCCCGAACAUUGGUGGACAAUAUUAAAACGGAUUUUAAAGAAAUAUGAUGUGAAAGUGAGGACUGGCGGGCUCUUGCGAACACGGAAAUUAAUUUUCGGAUUCCGUAAAAGGCGGGGAAUUUCUUGAUCAUCUGUCCGUGGAGUAUGAAACGCAUUUUAAGGAAAUAUGAGUUUCUCUUUGCACAGUUUUAAGGGUUUUAAAUGUUUUAACGACAACUGAGAAUCUUUCAUUUUACAAGAUGGAAACUACAAUAUUACUGUAACCAUCUCAACAGGGAAAGUUUUCUUUUUUUGGUGGUAUUUCUGAUGACGGUAGCCUCUUGUGCCAUCACACAAGUUGACCAGGAGUGAGAAAACUGGAUUACUUUUGUAGAAUGGUCCAUAUCUCAAGUCGGAUGAAUCCAUAAUUAUGAUUAGAAAAUUCUGAUUAUAAACAAAACAGAUACAGAAACAGAGAAAUCCGGAACUAUUUUUUCGGUGUAGAAAGACAUUUAAUUUUUAAUUCUGAUGUAUGUUAACGCCCGAUAGACACUGAAGUAAACUACAGCCGAAUCAGCAAUCCUGUGCUACGAAGACUUGGCACCUACACUAUUCAGUUAAGGGCUGUACGAUUCAUAAGACGCGACGUUUGUAUUUCCUGGCGAAUUCUCCAGUGGUUGUGCAAGGGUGUGAAAUGUGAUCUCUUACUUCGAGAAAGAACUCGAACUUCAUGCGGAGGAAAAGAAAGUAUUCCGGAAAAUAUUUGCACCUAAGACGAAAGAAGUCUGGACGAUCAGAGUUUCACACAGAACUGCACACCUCCAGCAAUAGACGAUUUUCCAAAAGACUUGUUCACAGAAGAACAGAGGCAGGAUGGAGCCGUCGUCCUCCACGUCAUUGCGUCCCUCUACCUGUUCGUCGCUCUAGCGGUCGUCUGCGACAAGUACUUUGUUCCCGCCGUAGAAAGGAUCUGCCAAGCGCUAAACAUGUCUAAUGAUGUAGCGGGUGCAACAUUCAUGGCAGCCGCAACAUCAGCGCCUGAACUCUUCGUGAAUGUGAUUGGUACAUUCAUCACAGAAGGAGAUAUUGGUGUUGGUACCAUCGUCGGCAGUGCUGUCUUCAACAUCCUAGCUGUUGCAGCCUGCUGUGGCAUUGGUGCUGGCAUCGUGGUGCCGCUAGACUGGUGGCCACUAACAAGGGACUGUCUGGCUUACGGAGUCACAGUCUCACUCAUGAUCUGUAUCAUUCACGAUGAGAGAGUUGAAUGGUAUGAGGCCCUGACCCUAGUGCUGCUCUACAUUGUGUACACAGCAGUAAUGUACUGGGACAAGUCCAUCCAGCGAUGUGCCAGACGCCAACUCAAGGAUGGAACCAACAGAAAGCCAUCAACAGAUCCAACUUCUGUUGAGGCUGGUGAGGUACAACUGCCACUACAACAGCAAAAUAGUGAAGAUGUGGUAACACAGCAACAACAACAACAAAAUGGCAGUGUUAAAGGUCCCUCAGCACUGAUGGUGGAGCCUCAAGCUGCCCUGCCAUUGCAGCAGGAUAAUGACUCUGGUUCUGGAAUUCUGUCAUCAUCAAUAUUCCACUGGCCUCGGGGACAGAAGAAGUGGCGACAGUUGGCAUGGUUGCUUGUAUGGCCAAUUCAUCUCGUGUUUCUUGUUACCAUACCAGACUGUGAGAAACCGCGCUUCAAACGCUGGUUUCCGCUUACAUUCCUUAUGUGCAUUGUUUGGAUUGGCAGCCUAUCUUACGUUGUAGCAUGGAUGAUAACUAUUAUUGGUGACACAUUGAAAAUUCCAGAUUCUGUAAUGGGCAUUACAUUCCUCGCAGCAGGGACUAGUGUUCCAGAAGCAGUCUCUAGUGUGAUUGUUGCUAAACAAGGACACGGAUCUAUGGGAAUUAGCAAUUCCAUUGGUUCCAAUACAUUUGACAUCCUGCUAUGUCUAGGACUACCAUGGCUCAUUAAAGCUUCAUUCCUGCCCACUACUGAAGGACAGCACUUUGUAGGGAUAAAUUCAAGAGGUCUUGAAUAUAGUGCUAUCUCUUUAUUGUCAACUCUACUACUACUGUAUGCCACCUUCUCAUGCAACAAGUUCCAACUGGACCGCAAGGUGGGCCAAGCCUGCUUGAUUAUGUAUGGAAUGUUUCUUGUGCUUGCAUCUCUUAUUGAACUGAAUGUUUUCUUCAUGGUGAAUUUGCCAACAUGUGGGCGAUGAACAUUUCUAAAGUGGAAAUAUGUUUUGUGGUGACAUUUAAUGACAAGAGAGAACAGAUGAAUCUGAUGUUUGACCCUAAUGUCUCAGCAUGCUCUUUAAAGACCCAUCUGUCUUCUUUAUUAUAAGCAACCAUGUAAAACUGGAAAAGAUGACAAACACACAAAUAUCCCAUUGAAAAAACCAUUAUGACAAUUUAAUAAUUCAUACUUCAACUUCAUGAUGAUAACUAAAAUAAGGAAACUUCAAACUUCAUGAUUCAGUCCACUAAAAGAACUAUCAACUUCAUGAAUCCCACUCAAUCCAGUUCCUUCAGAUAAGCCACAACUUUAUCCAACUCACUGAAGCAAACCCAUCUUCACUGAUUCAACCCACUGAGAUGACUUUAUGAGAACAACACACUGAGAUAACCUUCAACUUUGUGAAGUCAACCCAUUGAAAUCACUUAAAUAACCCUUAACUUCGUGAAUUCAACCCAUUCAUGUAUGUCUCAACUUCAUAAAUUUAACCCAUUCUGAUAGCUCUGAACUUUGUGACUUCAACUCACAGAUAACACCGAGUCAAUUAUUAAGAAAAGCAACUGUAAAGAGCAUGAGACAAAUGUGUGGUGUGACAGAAGUUUGCUUUUUGGUUGUUUAAGGAAAGUUAUAUAAGGUAGUGACAGGUCAUAAGUGGCUUGCACAGUCUUGUCUUUCAAGUACUUUAUCAAGUUUUACAGGAUUUAUACUAAGAGCAGUUCCUUACUACCCUACUGUAAAAAAAUAAGACUUAGAAUUUACAUUUGAGCUGUUUAAAUGGUUUAAUUGCAGGACGCUCCUUCCUUUAAACCAACCAAGGAAGUAUUUGGUAUUGUGCAAGAUUGUGAUAUGGAGAUUGUAUCCACUCUUAUUAUGUUGAUUUGUUUUCUUAAAGAAAUUACAUUUGCAACUAAAAUGCAUCCUGAGGUCACUAAGAUCUGCAGUGUUUUACAUACUUUGGCUAUAUUUAACAAUAUAUGAGAUUAAAUUAAAUAACAACAAGAUUAUUGAAAGGCGGGAUUAAACUUAACCCUUUGUUGCCAGCCUCUGUAUAUGGUAUAUGGACCAGAAUCAUGGGGUUUUCAUCUCCUCCAUCUACAUGGAAGGACACAAUUUAAAUAGCUGCCAUGACUGAAGGGCUAAUAAAGUAGAAUAGAUUUAUAUGAUGCACAUAAAGAGAAACAUUUUAAGAGAAAGGGGUAAAGGAAGUAUAAAAAUAAAAACCACAAGAAGAAACACAGUCUGCAGAGAAUUACUGUAAGAAUGUCCUUAAUUUAUAUUUUCAGUAGGACUGACAGUAUACUGCAUUAUCUUUGUUGGACAAUGGCCUAAAGGAAAACUUGCACACUACUUUGAAAUUGAAAUAAAAGUUUUGGGUAGUUCAGCUGAAGUUCUAUUUUAAGCUCAAUGUGUGCACAAAAAUCCAGCAUUGGAGACACACAUGGUUUUGUAUGUUACAAAAUAUGAAAUAUAUAUUUUAAAGAAUCAUUAGAAGUGUUUAGUUAGCAGUUAAUAUAUUAAGUAAACUACUGUAUGUCCUUCCAAACUCUCUGAAGUGCAUAUGCAGGAAAAUAUGAGGUCAGCAAUGUAUCUUAAUUCCCUAUUUGCUACUAUCCGAAGUAGAUUUCAUAACUCUUUUGUGAGAGAUGGAUGAAAGUAUCUGAAGCUUGUCUGACACAGAUGAAUGUUGUGUAAUUCAUAAUUUCAUUAGAUAUAAUUUAGAUCAUCUCAUUUAAUUCUCACACAUUUUAUUUCUAGAUUCUCUUGCUGCAGUUUCCCAAAUUAUAACAUGACUUAUUUCCAGUACAAUUACUCUCAUUUCCAUUUUAAUACAAUCAACUUCUGGAAGAAUAUACUUUUAGCUUAAACAAUGCCAUUAUAAAUUUGUCACAAAUGAUACAGUUGAAUCAGUCAUUUGUAAAACCGUAUACAUCCACAGAAAUCACUUUCAAGGAAAGUAAAAAACAUGCUAGCAAAAGCACUAUUUUAUGCUUGAUUUAAUCUUCUCCAAGAAUAAUUGGAAAGUGUCAAAUUUUCAAAACCAUUAUAGUUCACUAACGUUUUUUAUGUCCAGAGUUAUAAGCUAAGUAAGUUAUUUUUGGACUUCAGUUAUUUUUAAAAGUACCCACAUAUUAUUGAAGGAACACUGCAUGACUCACGUGGUUAUGUCUCAUGUCACUACUGGGAUGACCUAUGUAAGUCACUGUGAACUUUAUUGGUUUCUUUAUGGUCAAAACCCUCACCAAAAUCUAGUAGCAAAAUAAUACGAGUCCAGGACUGAAGAUGUUUUGCUAAGAAACACACUAUAGACAAUAUAGCAUACACAUAGUAAAGGCUUGGAUGGAUGUGAUUCUUGUAGGAAAUGAUGCACUUGCCAAUGGUGACUGCAAUGGCAGCAACAGCUCAAUACUCUCAAAAGUGAGUACAUGUGAUUAUGCACAUGACUAAUUCAAUUCAUUUUCUUUCUUCAGUAGCACAUGUGAAUACGUUCAAUGAUGUAGAAAUACCUCAUAAUUUCAAAUUUUCUUUUCUUGAUAUUGAAACUACAAUGACUACCAAGGAGAAUUUAUAAAACCAAGUUCUCCAACACUUAUUACAAACUGGAGGUUACAACAAUUUAUGGCACCUGUUAAUGGAUAAAUAGAUGAAAUAAUCAGACUACUCUGUUUCGAAUAUUGAAGUUAUGAAGAAUGUUGUCAAGUGAUAUUACACAUUAUCAUUAAAUAAACCACAAAAUCCCUAGUACCACUACAUGCUAUUGGUAAGAUAAUUGUAGCCUAUCUUUGAAAUCCCCAAAAAAGGGCAUUAACUUGGUCAAAUGUGAUAGAUAAGUGCAUUUAUUUCCUGUUGCUGAGAAUGACACUAAGAAUACAACACUACUGAAACUGUAACAAACAUCUGGAACUUCUACCAGAAAUGUGACAAGGUUAUGAAGUGUAUUGUUGUCUCAUUUAAUAUGUAAUUAAAGAUACAUUGUGACUUUCUGGAGAAAACUGUUAUUUUUUAGUGAUAACUUUAACUGGUUACUUUCAUAUUUAUUGUUAAAAUGGUGUAAAUGUUACGAGAGAUAAUUUUCAAAUGUAAUGAAAGUAAGUCUAUAAUUAAAAUUUUGGAUUGUUUCAUUACUAUAUUUAUGUUUGAGGGCUUGAGGAACCUCAUCUCCCAAUGUGAUUUUAUAUAUGACACAAAUAGUUUAUGAUUUAUGUUGUUCACCACUCUUACUGUGGAAUCAACAUGAACAUAAUAUACAUUAACACCUCUAUAAAUGUAAUAUUGGAAUACAAUUAGGAUGACAAAAACUGGUAAAUAUUACUGUAUUUGGUAAGAAAAGCUGGUUCAACUAUCUUUAGAAUGAUAAUUUAAUUUUAUACCCUUUAAAAUAUCUAAUAUAAUCUGCACAAAUUCUUCCUAGUUUUGAAAUAUGUCUUUCUUGUCUAUGUAAAAUAAGAUCAUGUUUCAGUAAGAAUAUUCUGUGCAAACAUGUCUUCAUUUAUUAAUGUAAGAGAUACAUCACGAAUUUCAUCUCUAGUGAAAGUAAAGAGCAUUAAUAUAUCUAACCUAAAAAUUUGAAAUGUUUGCUUCAUGCACAUAAAGAAGACAAUAAAGCUCUACCUGACUUGAUUUGUAAAAGUAAGAAAGUUUGAAAAACUAAAUUAUAAACUUAACUUUUGCUGCUUUCUUCCCAUUCAUAAUUAACAAUAAUUUCCUCUGAGCUCGGGUAAUUAUUAUUAAAGGACAAUGAAAUAUAGUACAGAUACAAGAUGUAUGAUAAGAAAUCUGAUGAAAUUCAUUCCUACAACCACCGAUGGAUGAUUUUAAUAAGAUCUAUAAUCAAACCCAGUUUAUGUAUCCUUUACCUUGCUAAUGAUAGAAUUUAUCACCUAGGAAAAACACAAUAUCUCUUCUGAAUAACUCUGGUGUUCAAAAAAUGUCAGUGAAAAAGUAGCCAUUGCUGUAACAGUCAAUCUGCCUUGAAAUUUACACUCUUCUAGUCUAUUCUCUUUGCAGUUCCUAUGCAAUCUGUAACGAGACAUGCAAUCGUCCUUCUAUCCAUCCCCUGGGUAAUGUGUACAACAAAACUUUUGACUGUGCAUUCAAAUACUGCUAUCACAACAGCUAUUUCCAUUUCUUCAUGUAUAAAAACAUAAUUUACCUUACAGACAUCACUAUGUUUAUACAGUUACAAUUUCUCAUCACAGUUUUUCAGAUGUGCACACCUUGCUGUUUCUUGUUAACACUCAAACAUAUCUUUUUUCCUGUUUUUAUGUUAGUCUGAUUCCAAAUGAUUCAAGCAGAUGUGUCCGCAUUUUUGACAUGUCAAACCUAGUGCUACUGCAAAACCAACUAGAAACUUCAUUACCUCUCCGUUGCUUCAUUAAUGAAUUUAGAGCACAGUCUUUAUUUUGUUUAAAUAUUGUUAUGUGAAACCUAGAAGGUAGCUUGGGAAACUUCAUUACAGUUGCUUGACCCUUACUAUUCUUACUGCAUCAGAUUUGCAAAAUGUGUGACUUCACAACUUAUACACAGUAUACUAAAUCAGCUACUACAUGUACUCUUAUUAUGAAGCCUAUAAAACAUUUUACAAAACCA